CGGCUACACGUUUGCUACAUUCAGGUUUUGACAGGGGAGAAAGCAUGCCGCUCCGAUCAGCUGUAAGACUCCUUACUACACCCCUUGGGGGAUUUCUUCGACCCCUAGUUGCCAACGUUCAGCGAGGACAUGCAGCUGUUGCACAUGCCCGUAGUGUGUUGGAGCACGAACUUGACACAAUCCGAGGAGCGGGUACUUGGAAAGGAGAGCGAGUGAUCACUUCUAAGCAGGGACCUCACAUCUACGUGGAUGGCAGCCGUGGUGAUAUGUUAAACUUCUGUGCCAACAAUUACCUUGGUUUGUCCAGUCACCCAGAGGUCGUUCAGGCAGGCAUCGAGGCCUUGCAGAAGUACGGUGCUGGACUGAGCUCUGUCCGCUUCAUCUGUGGCACACAGGAUAUUCACAAGGACUUGGAACAGAAGCUGGCCCUAUUCCAUGAGCGAGAGGACUGCAUCCUCUACGCAAGCUGUUUCGACGCCAACGCUGGACUGUUUGAGGUAUUAUUGGGACCUGAUGACGCGGUGCUGUCUGAUGAACUCAACCAUGCGUCCAUCAUCGACGGCAUCAGGUUGUGCAGAGCCAAGAGGAUGCGUUACAAACACAUGAACCUGGAAGACUUGGAGGAGAAGCUGAAAGAGGCGCAGUCAUCUCGUCUGCGUCUGGUGGUGACUGAUGGCGUGUUCUCUAUGGAUGGGGAUGUGGCCCCACUGAGGGAGAUCUGCACCCUGGCUGAGCAAUACGGAGCCAUGGUCUUCAUCGACGAGUGCCACGCUACAGGCUUCCUGGGGCCAAGGGGAAGAGGUACAGAUGAGCUGCUGGGAGUGAUGGAUCGCGUGCACAUCGUGAACUCCACUCUGGGGAAAGCCCUGGGAGGCGCUGCCGGUGGGUACACGGUUGGUCCCAAACCCUUAAUCGACCUUCUGCGGCAGCGGUCGCGCCCGUACCUCUUCUCCAACUCCCUGCCCCCGCCUGUGGUUAGCUGCGCCGCCAAAGCAGUGGAGCUGCUGCUGGCCUCCAAUGAGAUUGCUCAGAGCAUGGCAGCCAAAACCAUGAGGUUCAGAAAUGCCAUGACCAAAGCUGGCUUCACCAUCUCUGGAAAUGCCCAUCCCAUCUGCCCAGUGAUGCUGGGUGAUGCACGGCUAGCCUCACUCAUGGCAGACGACAUGCUGAAGUUGGGAGUGUACGUGAUUGGAUUCUCCUUCCCCGUGGUUCCCAAAGGCAAAGCCCGUAUCCGUGUUCAGAUCUCGGCGGCCCACACUGAUGCAGACAUCGACCGCACAGUGGAGGCCUUCAUUCAGACCGGCCGCAAACAUGGAGUCAUCUCCUAACCCCCCAGCAACACUGAAGUGCCAUCAUUAAAGGAACAGUCUGCUAUUUUUGGGAACAUGUUAAUUUCCCGGCUCCCCUCGAGUUAUAUAACUGAGUUUUAUCUUCUGGUUUUCCAGCCCUUUUCUGAGUCUUGUAACGGAGGCUAACUAGCACAGAGUUGGCGUGGAACGUUGGUAAACCUCCCUCCGAUAGCCUCAUACAGUCUCGUGCCGUUGGGCUGAGAGACUAGUCUCUUGGCCCAGCGGUAUCGUACUGUGUCUCCCAUUGCCGGACCGUUGUAGUUGACAAGAUCGCACGUUCGAUCCCCGAGGGGGGUGAACAGGUGCAAGAUGAGCUCCGUCACAGUCUCAUGGUAUUACUACUUUGCAUCCAUUACAUUACAUUACAUUUAGCUGACGCUUUUAUCCAGGGAUAUUGGAUACAGUCCCUGGAGCAGUGUGGUAUUAGGUGCCUUGCUCAAAGGCACCUCUGCCAUAGUGUGAGAUAGGGAAUGGAAGGGCGGGAUUCAAACCGGCAACCCUCUGAUGUAAAGUCAGGUCAUGGCUCCCCCACGCAUUCAUCACUGAAGCAAAUGGUACCAAAUCUAAAUGACACCAACGGGUCCCAUUUGGUUCAAUGAUACUGUAUGCCAAGAAGUAAUAUCACCAGAAUCAAAGAAUGGCUUGAAGAACAUAGGAAAGGUAGAGCUCGAGGAGAGGUGGUAAAUUAACAUAUUUCCAAAAAAUGGCGGCCCGUUUCUUGAACUGUUACACCAAGAGGAAUCAGGAAAAAGGGAGUCUCACAGCAUCAAUACUGUUACAGACAAGACUUUAUAUUAAGUGCUAAUGUUACAGAUGAGGAGGAAGGAGCUUGCUGCGUCAAGGCUUUGGCUUAUAUAGUGUUUACAAUUAUGGAAGGCCAAUGAAGUUACAUUUGCUUUUUAAGUGCUUAAUAAAUAACUUUUGUUAACAAAUUG